UCUAGAUAUGAGUGGGUGUGGGAUGAUGUAUAUGUGUUGUAUAUGUGUAUAUGUAUAUAUUCUGUCUAUUAUCUUUAUCUGUUCUCUGUAUUCUGUUCUAUCAACAACAGCACACACAACAGCUCUAAGAGGAAGCUCAGAAGGUGUACGCAGGUCCGUACGCGGAUUGAUCGGCCCGUUCGCCGUCCGCCGAGUUGGCUUCAGUCGCGUCCUGCUGGUUGCUGAUAUAUCCCCUUCUGUUCUCCUCUUCUCUGCUCUCUUCUCUAUCUUCUCUACUCUACUAUACUACAUCUACUACUCUACAUGUACACCUCCUCCGUCCCCGUCUCUGCUCGACGGCUGAUCCGGCUCCAGCGCGAUGCCGGAAGACAGCUCACUCCGGCUGAGCUCAAGAAAGUAGAGGACUAUCGUGAACGCGAGCGUGAGCGCAUAAUGCUCAUGCGCUGCCGUCGUCGUCGUCGGCCUACCUCUGCCACUGCCUCUGUUUCAAAGCCUGAUCAGGUUGAGAGGGCUGAGGGAGCUGAGAGAGCAAGAGCAGAGGUCAAGACCCUUCCUCCCUCUCCACCGUCUGCUCCAUCGAUCCCCACCUCUGCUCUCUGCCCGACCUCUACUCACAGCCCCACCCACAGUCCAAACCGAAGCUACUACGACGACGCGAGCGACAACUUUUCCGACAACGACAACGACAACGACAACGACAACGACAACGACGAGCGCCCGAUCGUGCUGCCUCCUAUCCGCAAGCGACUCGGCAAGCUCAUGGAGAUCUCUGCCGACCGCAAGAAGCUCACGCUCGAGCUGCUGCCUACCUCUGCUGCUGCUGAUUGGGGGAUGGCGUAUGCGCGCACACCGCGGGAUCGGUAUGGGAGUAGUGGAGUGAACAGUGGGACAUACGCAGGGUACUAUCAGGACCAGCGCAACAAUGCGUUUCCAUGGUUCCUACUCCCUCCGAUAUCGCGAUAAUCAAUGUAACAACACAUGUUCUUAAUCAUACUUAUCGCAAUAAUUAGCAAUAAUAAACAAUAAUAAGCAAUAAUAAACAAUGAAACAAGCAGUAAAUACACAAGUCAUAACACAGCAAACAGAGUUGGAAAUAAGAUUUUCAAACUGAGCCCGCGCUCAGAACCCCGAACGCCUCUUUCUUAGUCGAGAGCAUUUACUCUGCUUGCGGGGAUCUUGCAUUAUUGUUCUUUUGUUUGUUGUUGUUGUUGUUGUUGUUGUUGUUGUUGUUGUUGUUGUUGUUGUUG